UGAGUCCCUUUUGCACCACGCGCCGUCGGUAAGAGACGGAACCGGCAGGGAGAGGCGACGUCACAUAGCGAUCAAUUGAAACGAGCAGCGCGGCGGCCGUAGCACAGAAACACCGUGAGAAGAGCGGCGGAGUCUGCGGCAGGUGCCUAAGCGACUACAGCAGGAAAGAUGGCGGACGACCCGAGCGCAGCAGACAGGAACGUGGAGAUCUGGAAAAUUAAGAAGCUGAUAAAAAGUUUGGAAGCAGCCAGAGGGAAUGGGACCAGUAUGAUUUCGCUGAUCAUCCCUCCUAAGGACCAGAUCUCCAGAGUAGCCAAGAUGCUCGCUGAUGAGUUUGGCACAGCCUCGAACAUCAAGAGCAGAGUGAACAGACUGUCAGUGCUGGGAGCCAUCACCUCAGUACAGCAGAGACUCAAACUCUACAACAAAGUGCCCCCUAAUGGUUUGGUAGUGUACUGCGGCACCAUUGUGACAGAGGAGGGCAAAGAGAAGAAGGUCAACAUUGACUUUGAGCCUUUCAAACCCAUCAAUACCUCGCUUUAUCUCUGUGACAACAAAUUUCACACUGAGGCUCUGACGGCGCUGCUGUCCGACGACAGCAAGUUUGGCUUCAUCGUGAUCGACGGCAGCGGCGCGCUGUUCGGUACCUUGCAGGGCAACACCAGAGAAGUGCUGCACAAAUUCACCGUGGACCUCCCCAAAAAGCAUGGUCGGGGUGGGCAGUCAGCCCUGCGCUUCGCCCGUCUGAGGAUGGAGAAGAGGCACAACUACGUGCGCAAGGUGGCGGAGACGGCCGUGCAGCUCUUCGUGUCCAACGAUAAGGUCAACGUGGCCGGCUUGGUGCUGGCCGGUUCGGCCGACUUUAAAACUGAACUCAGCCAGUCCGACAUGUUUGACCCGAGGUUACAGGCGAAGGUGCUGAAGUUGGUGGACAUCUCUUACGGAGGAGAGAACGGCUUCAACCAGGCCAUCGAGUUAUCUGCUGAGGUCCUGUCCAACGUCAAAUUCAUCCAGGAGAAGAAACUCAUAGGUCGGUAUUUUGAUGAGAUCAGCCAGGACACGGGGAAGUACUGCUUCGGCGUGGAGGACACGCUCAAGGCCUUGGAGAUGGGAGCUGUGGAGAUCCUUAUUGUUUACGAGAACCUGGACACCAUGCGAUACAUCCUCCGCGUACACGGAGCUGAGGGCAACGGGGCAGAGAAUGAUGAGAAGACCAUUUAUUUAACACCAGAGCAAGAGAAGGACAAGUCCCACUUCACAGACAAAGAGACGGGACAGGAGCAUGAACUGAUUGAGUGUAUGCCGCUAUUGGAGUGGUUUGCUAAUAACUAUAAGAAGUUUGGUGCCACGCUGGAGAUUGUCACAGACAAGAGUCAAGAAGGCUCACAGUUUGUCAAGGGCUUUGGAGGAAUCGGAGGUAUCUUGCGGUACAGAGUGGAUUUCCAAGGGAUGGAAUACCAGGGAGAUGACGACGAGUUUUUUGAUUUGGAUGACUACUAGGUAGUCGGGGACUGAAAACGGCAAGAUGAGCGGAAAAAGAAUGAAUGAAUGAAUGAAGAAACAUGGAAAGAAAUUCAUCUUUCUUUUGCAGCAAGAGAGUGUGUGUGGACCCUAAUUAACCGCAAACACACACACACACACACACACACACACACACACGCGCACACACACACAGAGACAGACACAGACAGUAUCAGGUGCUGAAGAGGCAUUAACUGUCUGUCAGUUGAGUGAGGGACAGAGCCCUUCAUGAAUAAUGAAUAAGCCCCUGCCUUAGAGAGCUCUAAUUGGAUAGGACUUUGCCUCGUUUUGGUUUCUUCUUCCCCUUUGAAUUGAAGCGACAGCACGUGCCCAGGAUGCAGCUCUGCUCUGUCCAAGGAAGAAAGGUCUUGGACUCACUCCUAUACAGAAAUGGAUUUUUCUUUGUUACCCAUCUUUUCCUUCCUCUCUCCUCCUGUCUCCCCCCUUUUUUUUUUACUGGCUGCUGCUGCUGUAUUUUAUGACAGUGUGGGAUUUUUUUUACCUGGGUUUCUGUAGCGAAUGGGGGGGAGGGGGGAGGGGGACGAAAAUGAAGUAUUAAAUUGGAACUGCUUAAAACCAG